CCAAAAUAACACAACGAAAUUAUGGAUUCUGGUUUGUCAUGGGCAGAUCAAUGGGACAACAACCCAGACCCUUUUGAUCCAGUAUCGGAGAAAAACAAGAAAAAAAGCAAGGAUGAAUCAAAGGUGAGCAAAAUUGGGAAGAGUGUGUUGAGCCUCAAAUGGAUGAAAGAACUACGCAAGAAAACUCAAAAAUGAUGAAAAUGCUGUGAUUGUAUUUCUUAUGAAAGUCUACUUUUUUUUUUUUGAAAGGUUAUCAAAGUCUACUUGACUCUUUGGAAUUAACAUUCGCAGUAAUGUAAUUGAGGACUUAAUGUUGACCUUUUUGUCCAAUAAAAAGGCUUGUUGAAGCAAA